AGUGCAGCUGCCCCUCGCGCGAGCAUCCUUGAAUCACUUGGUUCCAUUGCGCGGAAUACCAGAGGUAAAAUAAAAAAUAUAUAGCUACAUGCUAAAAACGCACACCCGGCCAUUUUCACUCGUUCGUGCAGUCCACAAAUGUAAAACAUUGGAGAAAAGCACACUAAUGUCACUGCUUCGUCUCUGCAAAGCCAAAUUGACUAGCUCACUACAGUAUUACUCAGUGAUUCUCACCUAAUCUCCCAGAUUGUCCGAGAGUUGCUGCAGUCGUUGCUGCAGUUUUCUGCUCUUACUACACUGGGUUGUGUGCUGCGACAGCAGACUCAAUGAGAAAGACAUGCUUGCCUUCGUCCUCGUUUCUGGGUCUAUCUGGAUUGUAUUAGAGCUGAGUUCCACCCUGAUGGAGAAGAUGCAGGCCCAGGAGCUGCUGCGCAGUCUGCGGCUGCCGGAGCUGGACGAGUUCAGCCAGUUCUUCCGCUCGCUGCCCACCUCCACCCUGGUGGGCCUGGGGGCCUUGACUGCCGUGCUGGCCUACUGGCUGGCCACUCGGCCCCGCGCCAUCACUCCCCCCUGUGACCUCCGACAGCAGUCCCAGGAAGUGCAGCACGAGGAGGGGGCCCGCAGGUCGAUGCUGGGGGACACUUCCAAGCUGCUCACACACUACCACGAGGAUGCCAAGACCAUGUACGAGGUGUUCCAGAGAGGCCUCCACAUAGCCGGUGACGGACCGUGCUUAGGCUCUCGGCUACCCAAUCAACCCUAUAAAUGGCUGUCAUACAAAGAGGUCACGACCCGGGCUGAGCACCUGGGGUCAGGGCUACUGUGCCAGGGCUGCAGACCGUGCCCAGACCAGUUCAUCGGGGUCUUUGCACAGAACCGGCCCGAGUGGAUCAUUUCAGAGCUGGCCUGUUAUACCUACUCCAUGGUAGUUGUGCCACUUUAUGACACCCUUGGACCAGAUGCAAUUCGCUACAUUAUCAAUGUCGCGGACAUUUCUACAGUCAUCUGCGACAAACCAGAGAAGGCCCAGGUGCUGCUGGGAAAUGUGGAGAGGCAAGAGACACCCGGCCUGAAGAGAGUCAUCCUCAUGGACCCAUUUGACCCCCUCCUUGUAGAGCAGGGAAACAAGUGUGGGGUUCAGAUCCAGUCCAUUAAGGAGAUAGAGGCUCUGGGCCGAGAACACCACAGAAACCCCUUGCCUCCUCAGCCAGAUGACCUGUCCAUUGUUUGCUUUACCAGUGGGACCACAGGGAACCCAAAGGGGGUGAUGCUGACCCAUGGGAAUGUCGUGGCGGAUUUCUCCGGUUUCCUCAAAGUGACCGAUAAAGUCAUCUUCCCGAAUCAGGACGAUGUGCUCAUCUCCUUCCUGCCCCUCGCUCACAUGUUCGAGAGACUCAUCGAGUCUGUAGUCUACUGCCAUGGUGGAAGGAUCGGCUUUUUCCAAGGCGACAUCCGACUCCUAUCGGAGGACAUGAAAGCCCUGCGACCCACCAUCUUCCCUGUGGUGCCCCGGCUGCUGAACCGCAUGUACGACAAGAUCUUCAGCCAGGCCAACAACCCGGUGAAGCGCUGGCUGCUCAACUUUGCGGCCAAGAGAAAAGGUGCAGAGGUCCAGAGCGGGAUCAUUCGCAGCGACAGCAUAUGGGACAAGAUCUUCUUCAGCAAGAUACAGGCCAGCCUGGGCGGGAGGCUGCGGAUGAUCGUGACGGGGGCGGCCCCUACGUCCCCCACCGUGCUCGGGUUCCUGAGGGCCGCGCUGGGCUGUCAGGUAUACGAGGCCUAUGGUCAGACGGAGUGCACUGCUGGCUGCACCUUCACCACUCCUGGAGACUGGACCUCAGGUCAUGUUGGAGCACCUCUGCCCUGUAACCUAAUCAAGCUGGUAGAUGUGGCUGACAAGAAUUACUUUGCUGCAAAGGGAGAAGGAGAGGUAUGCGUCAAGGGACCCAAUGUAUUCAAGGGCUACCUCAAAGACCCAGAGAAGACUGCCGAAGCCCUGGAUUCAGAUGGAUGGCUCCAUACAGGAGACAUUGGGAAAUGGUUGCCUAAUGGUACAUUAAAGAUCAUUGAUAGGAAGAAGCACAUUUUCAAGCUGGCCCAGGGGGAGUAUAUCUCCCCAGAAAAGAUUGAGAAUAUCUACAUCCGCAGUGAGCCCGUUGCUCAGCUGUACGUCCAUGGAGACAGCCUGCAGUCCUGCCUGGUGGGAAUUGUGGUCCCAGAUCCUGAGGUGAUGCCUUCCUGGGCCAGAAAAAAUGGGUUUGAGGGUUGCUAUGGAGAUCUAUGUAAAAACAAGGAUGUGAAGAAGGCCAUCAUGGAUGAUAUGGUGCAGCUUGGAAAAGCCAGCGGACUCCAUUCAUUCGAGCAGGUGAAAGACAUCUACAUUCAUACUGAAAUGUUCUCCAUAGACAAUGGCCUGCUGACACCCACAUUAAAGGCAAAGAGACCAGAGCUGAAAGAGUUUUUCAAGGAGAAGAUAGAAGAGCUGUACUCCAACAUCUCCAUGUAAUCCCAUCAAAUAAAUACCCUGGUUUCUAGGACCUGUAGCAAUAUUGCUGUACAAUUUACCAUUUGUCCUUAACUUCUCAUCAAAACACAAACAGACAGACAGCAACUAAAUCCACAGCGGAGUACGACAGAGGCGGGAGUCUUUUCCACUCGCGUUCUUUCUGCUGAACAAGUACACCUGCUGAGGGAGAGCCCGUUGAUUGGUGGCCCUUUUUGGAACAGCAGAGCUAAAACACCAAAUUAGACCUGAAGCAGCAGCAGCAGCAGCCAAAAAGCAGCCUGCAUAGUCCCCGUCAUGUGUGCCGACCAGCACGUUAACAAAAAGUACAGAAUUUAUUUACACGUUAAUUGAUCUGCAAGAUUUUCCUCAUGAACUCUGACUGCGUCUGGCAUAGACCAGUGCAUGCUGUGGUCUCGGCAGAUCCUCGGCAGAACCCUGUUCUUGCUCGAGGUCUUAGGCAUAUCCUUGUUUAUUCCAUGCAUCCAAAGUCAACAGACAUGACAGUCAACAGUUAUACAACAAGGCUUUCAUAUGUAGUCAAAGUCUGAGAGCUCCGAUGAACAUCGAUAAAACUAACAUAUCCUUUGAGGAGGGCAUAGAUUUUGACCUUUGGAUUUAUGUAGACCUUUUUAAUUGCUUUUGACUUUAUUUCAACCCCAAAGAAUUAUUAUUUUAAUGUACAUAUUGAGGAAAAUUAGAUGUAACUUAUAUUUAAGCAAUGGACUGAAAGGAUUUUUUGCGUGUAGUGAGAAAAAAAAAUAUUGUACCAUUAUUUAAUCCGAUGUCAGAUGGAAUCAGCACCUUGUAACACAUAAUUCCAGCAAUAGGGAUGGGUGGGAAUGGGAUGGAUGAAUAAAGAUACAUUCUGGAACAAUCACACACGAUUUUAAUUUUAUUCUUUGCAAUGUUUCCAUGUUGAGGAACAUCAAAAGUUCAGGGGUACCUCUGCAGGAAGUAUUCAGUUUAAGCAAGCAUCUUCCUUCUCUCCAGUUCUUUCUCUGAAUGAUUCACCAUUGUGUAGU